AUGUCCUUUAGAACGGCGUUCCAGCCCAUUAUCGACAAGCCCGAGGGCAAGCCAGGGGUGCUCUUCUACGAUGAUAAUGCCGUUAUCAUCGAAGACAAGUAUCCCAAGCUGCUACGUCACUACUUAGUGAUUCCUCGCCACGCCACCAAGACCCACGACCACCCGCUAGUGGCGUUUGACGAUGACUCUGAGUUUUACACCCUCACGAAAAAAUACGUCGACAAAUGCAUUGACCUAGUGGUGUCGUCGCUACUCCGACAGUUUCCCGACGCUACUCCCGACACCUUCCGCCCGUUCAUCCAGGUGGGAGUUCAUUCCCAGCCACUGCUUUCGAACCUUCACAUCCACGUUAUGACUCGCGACAUGUGGUCACCGGCAAUGAAGCACAAGAAACACUAUAACUCAUUCGCCACCCCGUUCUUCGUGCCGUUUGCCCGGCUUGAGCCGCGGGAGAGCACUGACGACAGUGAUGACGAUAAUGACAAUAAUGUCGGCGGUGGUGCGGCUAAUGCAGACGCUUGGUUGAAGACUGGGCUUCGGUGUUGCUACUGCGGUACUGACUUUAAAAAUAGCUUUGUCGGGCUCAAAAAGCAUCUAGAUAAAGAAUUUCGUCGUAAAUACGGCGGUCUCGGAGGUGAUCUUGACGAUUUGCGCCCUAACCAGUGA